AUAAAGUACUUAUCAGAAUACAGAAAUAGCUUCCAAACAAAACAGGGCAAAUAAUCCAGACAGACUUCACUUCACUUCACUUCUUCAAGCCAUUGACUUGAACCCCUAAAUCCACUCAGAUGGGCAUUGUCUGAAAAUUUUGGGCUUUGGUAUUUGGAUUGAAGAUCUUGCAUUUUGUCAUUUGGGUGUUUCACUUUGGAGAAUUCAUGUUAAUUUGAGAUGUGGUGUUGUUGAAUUGUAAGAAGCUGAGGGGAUGAAGAUGUUGCCCAAUCAAAGCUUUUCUCGUGUUGACACUUUGGAGUUGAAAUCGAAGAUUAUUCAAAAGAUUGGGCAUGAGAGAGCUGAGGAAUACUUAGAACUGAUCAGAAGAUUGUUUAGUUUGAAGAUUAGUAAGUGUGAUUUCAACAAGUUGUGCAUUAAGAUUAUUGGAAGGGACAAUCUCCCCCUUCAUAACCAGCUUAUUAGAUCGAUCAUCAAGAAUGCACACCAUGCAACAGCUCCACCCUCAAAAAGUUUUAGGAAACCCGGAAACACUCUUACUGUGAAAGUUCCAAGUGAAAAUAAGAAGAAUGGUGAUGCAAUUCCUCAAUCCCCUCUGACUGGGAGGUCUGCAGUUAAUGGAGACCACAAGUUUCGUGAUCGUCCAAGUCCUUUGGGGCCAAAUGGGAAGUCCCAAGCCUAUGAAAAAUCAGGUUCUAAAGCACAAGUACAGCAAAGUGCUACUGAAUUGCUUUCACUUGGUAGUAGGCCUCCAAUUGAAGUAGCCUCAGUGGAAGAUGGAGAAGAGGUUGAACAGGCUGCAGGAAGCCCAAGUAUUCACAGUAGAAGCCCCGUAACUGCUCCUUUUGGUGUAUCUAUGAAUUUGGGUGGAUCACGCAAAUUUCUCCAUAGUGGAUCAGUAUGCCGUACCUACCACCUGGAAAACUGUCAAAACUGCAAUGAGCUACCUGAUACAAGAUCAUUAAAAAGUCGUUUGGAGCGGAAAUUGCAGAGGGAGGGCUUGAAUGCUUCUGUUGACUGUGUUAACCUAUUGAAUAAUGGAUUAGAUGCUUAUCUGAAGAGAUUAAUUGAACCUUGUAUAAGGUUUGCUGGGAUGAAGGGCAAACGAUUGGAUUCUACUCGUGCAACGAUAUUAGAUUUUCGGGCUGCAGUGGAGUUAAAUCCGCAGAUACUCGGUGAAGAUUGGGGCAUACAACUUGAAAAGGUUGUUUUGCGUGCUUCUGAAGAUUGAAAUAAAUUGUAUACACACAUUCAAUAGUUGGUGUGAUCCUGAAGUGGGAUAUUACACCCUCCUUUAGUCAUGGUUCAGUAUUUUGAACCCUUAAUUUGACCUUACAUGAAUCUCCGCUGCCUCUUGUCAUC